AUGAAUAAUUCCCUGGAUGGUACAAGCUCCUAUGAGGAGCUGGUGCGACAGAAAGCUCGGAGUAUCCCUCAGCAUCGCAUGAAGGAGUUUCUUGAGUCCUUGGCCAGUAAAGGCGCAGAUGCACUGCAGGAGUUCAGCCAACAAAGCGGAGAUGUUACAACCACCACAACAACGAUGGUGUAUCAGCAAGAUGCGAAUUGCAUCUACACAGACAGCACUGAAGUUGCAGGGUCACUUCUGGAACUAGCUUGUCCGGUUCAGGUCCAAGUUCAGACGCCGCAGCAGAUCCAAGAGUCAACAACCGGGCAACAAAAUGUUGAGAACGCAGAGAUAGUACAGGUGCAGAUUCAGGGUCAGUCGCCAGGGCAGAUGCUGGGUCAGGUCCUUCAAGUGCCCUCUAGUUCCCAUCAGCAGCUCCAAGGUGUGACAGCACAGCUAAUUCAGCCAGGAGAACUUACUGAGGAACAGCAACAGCAGCUCCAAGCCCAGUUGGUGGCGGCUGUUGCAGGGGGUCAACAGAUCCAAAUUCAAACAGUGGAUUCCCUCUCUCCAACUCAGCAACAGGACAGCACCGAGAGGAGGGCUUUGGGUGCCUCCUCCCAAGGCGCAGGUGUCCUCCAGCCAGCCAAGAAACGAAAAGUGGACAUGCCCAUCACAGUGUCCUAUGCCCUACCUGGUCAGCAGGUGGCGACAGUCUUGGCUAUCCCACAAGCGCAGGGUCAGCAGCAGAGUUAUGUUUCCCUGCGACCUGACCUGCUAACAGUGGACAGCUCCCACCUUUACAGUGCUACUGGCACAAUCACCAGCCCCACAGGGGAGACCUGGACCAUUCCUGUCUAUUCUGCUCCUGCAGGAGCUGGAGGACGGGAGCAGGUCACGCACAUUGCCAUCCCUCAGGAAGCCUAUGGAACUGUGCAGGUAGCCGGGGCGAAUACUACAACCAUGACCACAAUGCCAACACAAGUCACUGUUGAAAAUGACAAGUUGAAAAACUCGUCCAGUCAAAGUCAGACAGCUCAGGCUGUUUCCAGCAUAACAAGCACUGGAGGAAUUGGGGGGCAAGAAGAAGUGGUGCACACCUUGGCCGCGAACACACUGUUCCCUGCUCAACUGAUGAAUGGCAAUAUCCACAUCCCAGUAGCAGUACAGGGCUACUCCAACACUACGCAGUCACUCAUUUGGGACCCGCAGCAGCAGGUGCUGCACACACAGGGACUAACUGGGCAGGAUGGACAGCCGAUACAGGAACCUUUCGCAUUUGUGCAGGCCCAGGCAGUGGUGGCAGAGGUCGACGGGCAAGGCCAGCAGCAAGUGCAAGUUCAGGAGCUUCUCCUUCCUGCCACUCUCAAACCAGAGGAAGGGCUGGAAGUGUGGUGUUCCUGGGCUCAGCGGAAAAAUGCGGAAAUGGACAAAUCAGAUCAAAACAAACUGGCUCCCAUUGGCCGACGGCAGGCGCUGCGUUUCCAGGAAGACUUGGUCUCGUGUGCUGUAGCUGAGCUCUGCAUGGGUCUCUCUUUAAUGACCACAGAGGCCCGAGGCCUAGAAGGAGAGCCAUACGAAGCUGACGUCCUUUACUAUGUAUUUCUGUGUAUCCAAAAAUAUCUGUUUGAUAAUGGUCGCGUGGAUGACAUCUUUUCAGACCAGUACUACACUCGUUUUGGUAAAAGUUUACACCAGAUUCUCCAACCCUGGACGCCGUCUGUUCAUCCACUUGGCUAUAUAAUCCCCAGUCAUGUGACAGAGGAGAUGCUGUGGGAAUGUAAACAACUUGGAGCUCAUUCCCCAUCAACGUUACUUACAACUCUAAUGUUCUACAACACAAAGUAUUUUCAUCUGAAGACAAUUGAGCAGCAUCUAAAGGUUGCCUUUUCUAAAGUCUUAAGACACACCAGGAAGAGUCCCAAUAAUCCCAAAGACAAGAGCACCAGCAUUCGAUACCUGAAAACAACAGAAAGAUUCAUAGGUCAGAAAGUCACAGAUGACAUGUACUCAGAGCAGCUGGAAGACCCAGAAAAUCCUUUACGAUGCCCCAUCAAGCUGUAUGAUUUCUACCUCUUCAAAUGUCCGCAGAGCGCCAAGGGACGUAACGACACAUUCUACCUAACUCCAGAGUCCGUUGUUGCUCCAAACAGCCCCAUCUGGUACUCUACUCAGCCGAUCCCAAAAGAGGAGUUGGAACAGAUGUUGACUCGCAUCCUUGUUGUCCGUGAAAUCCAGGAAACCAUCAAUAGCUUACACUAA